AUGGCCGGCUGCGAUCUCCACGGUGAAGAUGAAAGGGGCGAGCAUCGAUCCAAGAGCGAGCCUCCUGGGCACGCUGAAAAGACCGCUAAGUGCCAAGCGGAAGGCCGAGGGCAAGGGCUGCGCGGCGUCGGGAGCUCAGCGGACGAGGACGAGCUCUCGUUGUCGUCGGCGCCCCUAGUGUUCAGGACUUGCGGCUGCCGAGUCCUGUGCACGCCACAUCACCGUGCGGCCACCACUACACCCCAGGCCCUGGCCGCUGCACCCCACCGCCUCGGAGGAGAUGUGCAUCCAGAGGGAGGUGCAGGUCAAGGCGCUGGUGCACUCGCCCGACCCAGCCUGGCCCUCAGCGGCGUGCGCAAGGGCUUCAGUGACCUCCGCCAGGCUGACCCCUUGUGCCCGGAGCUGCCAGACCCGCUCGGGAGCCCCGUGUCCCCGGCCGGGGACCUAUGCCUCUGCCUGGGCGAACACGUGCCUGUCGUCCUUGGACUGCUGGCUUAG